GAGCCGAGGCGCCGGCAGCAUCGCCGGGCGGAAGGGCAGCCCGCAGCAUGUCGCCGCUCCGCGUCUGCAUCGUGGGCUCGGGGAACUGGGGAUCAGCCAUAGCAAGAAUCAUUGGCAAAAAUGUCCAGAAGUCCAACAGAUUUGAUCCUACUGUCAAGAUGUGGGUAUUUGAAGAGAUCAUCAAUGGAAGAAAACUCUCAGAAAUAAUCAACCAGGAACACGAAAAUGUUAAAUACCUGCCUGGAUACAAGAUACCUAAAAAUGUGGUAGCUGUACCAGAUGUGGUCGAAGCAACAAACGGGGCAGAUAUUUUAGUGUUUGUUCUGCCACAUCAAUUUGUUGGACGAAUCUGCGAGCAGAUUGCAGGCCAGAUAAAAUCCGGGACAUUUGGGAUUUCCCUGAUCAAGGGGAUCGAUGAGGGUCCUGACGGCCUGAAGCUCAUAUCUGACCUCAUUCGAGAGAAACUGAAAAUAGAAAUCAGUGUGCUUAUGGGGGCCAACAUAGCCAAAGAAGUGGCUGAUGAGAAGUUCUGUGAAACCACCAUUGGGUGCAAAAAUGAAAAACAAGGGGAGAUCUUUAAAGAAUUAAUGCAGACCCCCAAUUUCAGGAUUACUGUGGUGCUUGACUCUGAUACAGUGGAGAUCUGUGGAGCCUUAAAAAAUAUCGUAGCAGUGGGAGCUGGGUUCUGCGACGGACUAGAUUUUGGCGAUAAUACAAAGGCAGCAGUUAUACGCUUGGGCCUUAUGGAAAUGGUGGCCUUUGCCAAGAUGUUCUGCAGGGGACCGGUAUCAAUAGCCACUUUCCUGGAAAGCUGCGGCGUCGCUGAUCUAAUCACUACCUGCUACGGGGGACGCAACAGGAAAGUAGCAGAAGCCUUUGCUCGCACAGGAAAAUCCAUUGAGGAACUGGAAAAUGAGAUGCUGAACGGACAAAAGUUGCAAGGUCCUCAGACCUCAGCCGAAGUCUACAAGAUUCUGAAACAGAAAAAUACGCUUGAUAAGUUUCCAUUAUUUACAACCAUCUACAAGAUCUGCUACGAGGGUCAGCCGAUCCAGGAUUUCAUCACGUGCCUGCAGAACCACCCAGAGCACAUUUAG